AAGUUUAAUAAGAUACCCUCCAUAUUUUCAAUUCAUCUACUCUCUCUAUUUCUCUCUGUAACAGCAAAUUUCAGAACACUUCUACUUUCACUCUCGUCUGCUACUACCAUGGCCGAAUCUUCCGCCACCGCCACCCCCACCGUCGCCGCCGACACCCCCACCGUCGCAACCGACUCCCCCACCGUCGCCACCGCCACCGCUGCUCCGCCUGCACACAAAAGCUGGGCUGACGAAGCCGACGAAGAAGCCAGUGCCUCGUCGACCGCAACCUCAUCCAUCAACCUCGACGGAUUAGCGAUCGACGAGACCAAGAAGUCACCCAAGCUGUUAGACGAUCCCGACGACUCCAAUAUACAAGCGGUUUCCUCCGGCGACACUCCGUAUACCUCGGCGGCGACGUUUGAAGACUUGAGUCUCUCGCCGGAGCUGGUGAAGGGACUUUACGUGGAGAUGAAGUUCCAGAAGCCUAGCAAAAUCCAAGGCAUAAGCUUGCCCAUGAUCCUGAGCCCUCCACAUAGAGACUUGAUCGCACAGGCUCAUAAUGGUUCCGGCAAGACCACUUGUUUUGUGCUUGGGAUGCUUAGUCGUGUUGAUCCCAAGUUGCAGGCUCCCCAAGCCCUCUGCAUUUGCCCCACCAGGGAGUUAGCUAUUCAGAAUAUUGAGGUUUUGCGAAAGAUGGGGAAGUAUACUGGGAUUAGUUCAGAAUGUGCUGUGCCCAUGGACAGCAGGGAUGUGAUUCCGAUCAACAAACGUCCGCCAGUUAUGGCUCACGUGGUCAUUGGGACUCCUGGCACCAUUAAGAAGUGGAUAAGUUUUAAGAAACUCGGGGUGGCGAGGUUAAAGAUUCUUGUUUUUGAUGAGGCUGAUCAAAUGCUUGCUGAGGAUGGAUUUCAAGAUGAUUCUUUGAGGAUAAUGAAAGAAAUUGAAAAAUUGAAUUCUGGCUGUCAGGUUCUUUUGUUUUCUGCUACUUUCAAUGAUAAAGUCAAGAACUUUGUUUCAAAGGUAGUUAAGAAGGAUCACAAUCAACUUUUUGUGAGGAAAGAAGAACUAUCUUUAGAUGCAGUGAAGCAAUAUAAAGUGCGUUGUCUUGAUGAACUCUCUAAGAUUGAAGUGAUACGGGAUUACAUAUUUGAAAAUGGAGAGAACAUGGGGCAAACUAUUAUAUUUGUACGCACAAGAAAUAGCGCAAAGAUGUUGCAUAAAGCACUUGUUGAUUUGGGCUACGAGGUUACUGCCAUACAAGGUGCUCUUAAUAAUGAAGAUAGAGACAAGAUUGUCAAGGAGUUCAGAGAUGGGUUAACUCAGGUUCUGAUAUCAACCGAUGUUCUUGCCCGCGGCUUUGAUCAACAACAGAUUAAUUUGGUUAUCAACUAUGAUCUUCCGGUGAAACACACUGCUGAGUAUACCCGUGAACCCGAGCCUGAUUAUGAGGUGUAUUUGCACAGGGUUGGUAGGGCUGGGCGUUUUGGGCGUAAGGGGGCUGUAUUUAACCUGAUAUCUGAUGAAAGGGAUGCGAACAUCAUGUCAAAGAUUGAAAACCAUUUCGGCACCCAUGUAACUGAGGUGCGAGAAAAGAGCACUGAAGACUUUAAAGCAUGUCUCAAGGAAGCUGGUUUGAUAUGAAGAAGUCAAUAAGUUAAAGGGUGUUGAUUACUUCGUUUUUUGCUCUUGAAUUUGCAAUGAUGGCCAAGGAUUGGUAUCAUGGUAUCAAAUGCUUGAAUUAUUUCACAUGGACACAUGCUAUCAUGGUUUAAAUUUUUGGGUGGAGAGUUCCUGUUCAGUCUUGGUUUUUAAUGUUAUCUUGGUGGAUUUUCCUCUUUGAUAUUUUACAAGGAUUUUUUAUUACAUAUAAUAACAUUGUAAGUCUAUGGAUGAUCUUGAACAUAGAAAAUUCCUUGUGGUCGUGUGAUCAAAAUGUUAGGCCCCGAGGUGUGAAUUCUGGAGUCUGCUGCCCCUAGAUGGGAGUUAGAAUGUGAAGUUCCCAAUACCUAUAUUGUGGGGGAAUAGAGCAAAUGUGUCCUUGGGCGAGUGAUGUAGAUUCUUUGGCGGGGUAUAAGUUGAGGUUCAUUCUCUUUUUUCUAUGUUGUCAGUUUUGAUCCUUUUAUUAGGUUUGCAGACAUUUAACUUGUAUGUGGAUGUAUAAUGAUGCAAGCGCAAAUCUUAUCUCCUUACUAA